CUACUGUGUAUAUUGAAUCAGCUCAGUGUAGAACAAAGUCGCCGGCAUUCACAUCCGCCGCAUGGGCAUCUUUCAGACUGCAGUCGCAAAAGUCUCUCGCGUAGACAUGUCCAAUAUCUCAGCUCUGCUCCAGCUGCUCCUGCUGCUGUGGACUACGCUCCUGGCUGGAACAGUGUCGGCCUCCGCCCGCUACAAUGUGGUAAUGGUUAUCUUUGACGAUCUGAGGCCAGCUUUGGGUGUUUAUGGCGAUAGCCUGGCGCGAACGCCACAUCUGGAUGCUUUCGCCCAGGGCAGCAGCUAUUUUACACGCGCCUACAGCCAGCAAGCGCUGUGCGCACCCAGCCGCAACUCCCUGCUGACCGGUCGACGUCCAGACACGUUGCAUCUGUACGAUUUCUACAGCUAUUGGCGCAGCUUUGUGGGUAAUUUUACGACCUUGCCGCAGUACUUUAAGGAGCACGGCUAUUACACCUACAGCUGCGGCAAGGUAUUUCACCCGGGCCUUUCCUCCAACAACAGCGACGACUAUCCUCUGAGCUGGUCGGCGCCGGCGUUUCGUCCGCGCACAGAGCAGUUCAUGAACUCCCCGGUCUGCCCGGAUCAUGGGGGGAGCGUGCUGCGCAAGAACUACCUGAUAUGCCCCGUGCAGCUGCAAACGCAGCCAUACAAAACGCUGCCGGACAUCGAAUCCGUGACGGAGGCACUGCGUUUCAUAGAUUCGCGCAAGCGCAGUCGCCAGCCGUACUUUCUGGCGGUGGGCUUCCACAAGCCGCACAUCAAUUUCCGCUUUCCCAGGCAGUUUCUUGGUCGUUUUCCUCUGGCACCUUUCUACAACUAUACGGAGGAUGCUGUGAAGCCGCCGGAUAUGCCAGACGUGGCCUGGAAUCCCUAUACGGAUGUGCGCUCACGCGACGACUUCAAGCACAAGAACAUAUCCUUUCCCUAUGGACCCAUUUCUAGGCAGCAGGCGGCGCAGAUUCGACAGGCCUACUACGCCUCCGUGGCCUAUGUGGAUGAUCUGUUCGGCAAGCUGAUGGCCCGCUUGGAUCUGGAGCGCACCGUGGUUGUCGUACUGGGCGAUCACGGCUGGUCGCUGGGCGAACACGCCGAGUGGGCAAAGUACAGCAACUUCGAGGUCGCGCUACGCGUUCCGCUUAUUAUACGCAGUCCAGAGUUUCCAUUGACCCAGCCUCGUCCGAUGCACAGCAUCACAGAGCUGCUGGACGUCUUCCCUACGCUGGUGGAUCUGGCCCAUCUGCCGCCGCUUCCGGCGUGCAAUAGAAGCAGCAGCGGGCUGGAACAGCUGACCUGCUCCGAAGGAAAGAGCCUGUACCCGCUGCUCCAAGGCUUGGGCUUGGCUGAGGAGCAUGUGGCCAUCAGUCAGUAUCCGCGUCCAGGUAUGCUGCCCACAAAGCAUCCCAACAGCGACAAGCCCAAGCUGCGCAAUAUCAAGAUCAUGGGCUAUAGUCUGCGCACGAAUUACUAUCGUUAUACGCUCUGGGUGCGAUUCCAUGCCCAUAACUUCAGUCGAGAUUGGCACAAUGUCUACGGCGAGGAGCUGUACGACCAUCGUUUGGAUUCCGGCGAAGAGUUCAAUUUGGCUGCGCUGCCGGAGUUCAAUGCCAUUCGCCAGCACUUGCGCUGCCGUCUGAUUAAGGCCGUGGGUUAAAGUCCUGCUAGGGUCAAAUAUAACAGUUCAUAUGUAUUAUAGAAAAAACAACAAAGCAUUAAA